AUGGAACUUCUUGCCAUAGCUUCGAUUCUUUCCGCAGGUCUUGUUCUCUAUGUAAUAUGGAACCUUGGUCGCACUACCACAGUCACUCACCAAGAACCAGCUAUAAUCCACCAACGCAUCCCUUUCGUUGGCCAUUUGAUUGGGUUACUUAGAAAUGGGACUAGGUACUUCUCUGAUGUCAACGCCAAACUUGGAUUACCAAUAUACACACUUCCUAUACCUGGGUCGAGAUUGUACAUUGUUCGCUCUCCUGAACUCGUUACGUCAAUCGAAAAGAAUCCAGAUCUUGAUUUCGCACCUCAUCUCAUCCACUUCGCUCGCACUAUCCUCAUCCCCUCUUCAUCUGCGAUAGAGGCUCUUGAAUACAAUAUUGAUGGCAAGGCGGGGAGUAUCGGAUGUCGCAUCGCCACUCAGAAAACUAUGCAAACAUCCAUUGCGCCUGGACCAAACCUGACCCCAGUCCAAGGAAUUAUACGCUCCAGUAUCCUCAGCCAACUGGAAAUUUCUGAUCUCACACAUAGAGCAAGUCCCAUUCGUAUGUUUGAGUGGACUCGUCACUUGGUUACAUUGGCAACCACCAGGGCAAUAUAUGGUAAAGAGAAUCCAUUUGAAAAUAUCAAGGUGGAAAACGCACUUUGGACUGUGGAUGAAGGGUUUGGUGCCUUGUUGACCAACAUAUUGCCCAGCAUAUUUGCAAGCCGCGCUCAUAAAGCUCGCCAAGUCCUUUUUGAUUAUUUUGCUCAAUAUUAUAAGCGGGAUGGGCUAGAUGGCGCUUCACAACUCAUCAAAUCUCGAUAUGAAGUCAAUCGGGAACAUGGCGUUUCAAUUGCCGAUAUUGCUCAUUUUGAGCUUUCUGUUCCAAUCGCUCUUCUCGUCAACACGGCUCCUGCAGUGUUCUGGACGUUAUACUUUGUCUAUUCUGAUGAGGUAUUAUUGCGGGACUUAAGAAAGUCAUUUGACACACUCGCAAACUCUACUGCAUCAAACGAGAAAACAGGCGCUUGGAAGACACUGAAGAUGGAAGAUGUUACUGAAAGCUGCCCACUUAUGAUUUCUACGAUUCAGGAGGUACUUCGCUUCCAAGCCACAAAUGCAAAUGCAAGAGGGGUUCUCCACGACACGGUUUUGGAUGGGAAAUAUCGUCUCAGAAAAGGAGGAACAGUAUUUAUACCGGCGAACGAGCAGCAUCUCAACCAAAACAUAUGGGGUUUAAACGCGGGUCGUUUCGACACAAGACGAUUCUUGAUAAAGGAAAAGAAUGGCGAAAAAGCUAAAAGACCAACAAACGGAUAUCGCGCCUUUGGCGGUGGCUCAACACUUUGCCCGGGUAGAUUUCUUGCUAUUUCUGAAAUCGCUUACGUGGUUGCUUUUAUGGCUUCUCAAUUGGAUCUCGUACCGAUCAACAACCACUGA